GAUUUAUUUUGCUGCUCGAACAAAGCAUACUUCACGUCGCAUAUUGACUUCAUAACACGACCCGAACACCUUUCUACCUGUGCCAUCUUGUCAAUCGAUCUCGUCUCCCGAGGAAAUACCAUCGUGCCCCACAAACUCACGCGCUCAAAUCUCGUUUUCCGUCCUCGAUUCCUCUCUCGAGCUAUUUUCGUCCACAUUGUCCAGAACAAUACUCAAACGGCCUUGUCUAUCCUCCAUGAUGCCUUCUCCCUUCUCCUCAACCUUUGCCUCGGCCGCCGCGAGCACGAACGGUGAUAGUGCGGGAAACAGGAGGGAAAAUGCCACAAAUGAAUGGUCGAGAAAUCGCGUCAAUGGUGCCACCCAAACCUUCCGUAGACCCUCUCUAGUCACCACACCUUCACAGACACAGACACAGACACAACAACGUGAAAGCGCGAGCAACGAUGGCGUGUACAUACCUCCGCACUUGAAUACUAACAGUUCUUCGCGAAACCCCCAUUCAGGCGACACUCGGUACGGCAAAGAACAACUGCUAAGUAUCUAUCAGUCCCUGCGUGAGUCCUCCGCUCUCGAUCGAAACCUAGAACACAUAUUUCUUGGUGGAUGGGAUCCUCUGGACGACAAGAACGAGGAAGCCAUUCAGGGCGGGAAGGAUCAGGUUCUGGGACCAGAAGUUUGCUGGAAUUACAACAUGCCUUCAGAACCGCUCGGCUUGACUAGCAUGACUGAGGAGGAAAAGCAGCUCUUUUUCACUUCGGUUAAUUCGCCAAUCAAGUUGCAGCAGAACAACGCGAAAGAGAACUCGGGCCCUGGGGUAAUAGGUGGUCGCAAGGCUUCUCUAUCAGGAUAUAGCAACACUCCGGGAAGCUCCAGACCAGGAACACGUCGAAGGGAUACGAGUGACUCUUUUAUGGGCAACGGUCCAAUGUCGCCUGCCGAGAGCAAAACGUUCUCUCGCGGCGAAUCAAAUACCGCCACUCCUCCGCCAGCGCUACUACGCCGCCGGACAGACUACAGAGAGGAAGAGACUGCACCUAGCGCCAAGGAGGAACCGCAGGCAGACGGCGGCGCGGAUUUGCAGCCUUCACUUCCUGGGUUGCGAAGAGUAGGCACAGGUCCGCUAAGUGCCGGAUUGAAUCCUCCAUCUGCCUCGCCCUGGUCUGCUGGGACGCAGGGAUCCGCUUUUGGCUCUAUGGGCAGCUUUGGUAGUUUCGCCAUCGGCGCUGCCACGACUCCCACCGAAUCUAGCGAAAAGAGGCCUGGCUUCGGUAGUGCUCGGGGUGGAAGUCGGUUCAAAGAUUUGUUGUCCAAGAGCAGCUCGGACGAUAUAUCUCAAAGCGUCAGAGACAAGACUUCUUUUGGUGCUCUUGAGAAGUUGCCCGAGGAGGAUGCAGAGGCAGCUCAGUCCAGAUUGCGGGACGAGCUAAAAACGCGUCCCGGCCGUAGCGAGACUAAUCCAUAUGAAGAUGCCGUCGGCCGGACUGGCAGCGCAGCUUUGAGAGGACCUCAAGACGCCAUCCCUCCGAGUUCAGGUAUUGAGCAAAUGGGUAUGUCGGCUUUUGGUCCACCACCAAAUGUCGGAACUCGUGAUUUCGGUCACGACGACCCGUAUCAGCAGACUCCGCAUGGGAAAUUCAAUCCUCACGAACCUAUGAGCCCGACAAACACGAAUCCAUACCAGAGCCCUCAUGGCCGUCUCGAAGACGACGAACAAGACACGAACGAUUCUACUUCACAGGCUUCAGGACUUCCUCCGUUUGGCGGAAAUCGACGCAACGUGUUCCCCAGCUCUGACGAUAGAGGUCCGCCAGGGGGCAGCAUGCGCAGUGCAAGUGGAUUUGGGGGUCUUUCCGGCUUCGGUGGUUUAGGAGGGGGUCCUACCUGGUCGCCUGCUGGUCUUGGGUCGAGCAAACCUGCCAUGGAUCGAGGAAUGGGCUCUGCCUUCGCCGAUCCCAUUUUCAGUCCUUUGUCGGAUCUUCAAGCACCUGGUGCGGGCCUUGGAGGUGGUUUCUUCGGCUCUACCGGGUUUGGCAGCGCUGGUCGUGCGAGCCGCCUAGGCGCCAUGUUCCCACCAGCCAUGCAAGAACAGAUGCGAGGAGACAGUCGAAAUGAGAUGCAACCGGGUGCUUUCGAGUCACGCCCCGAAAGUGCACAACAACAAUCCAUCCGCGAUGCUUUUGACAACACCGGCCGCCGCUCGGAAGGUUUUGGCCCUGGAUCCGGUCUCUUUGAGGAGUCUCCAUCUAUGAGAAGUGUGGAAGAAGCCGGUAUUCCACCUGGUCACUUUCCACCUGGAAGCUCGGGACCACCAACCUCGUCCCUCACCGCACCGCAGGCUGCAGGACAAAGAACCAGCGGUGACUAUCAAUCGGGCCAUGGUCUCAGCCAGUCCAGUGGCAGCAACUCUUCCAACCAGCUGCCGGCGACUCAGCAACGACAAAUGGUCAUGCCAGACCGCAUGCGCUGGAUCUACCGUGAUCCUCAAGGCAACACACAGGGGCCGUUUUCAGGGUUGGAGAUGCAUGAUUGGUUCAAGGCUGGAUUUUUUACUGCCGAGUUGCAAGUCAAGAAACUCGAGGAUACAGAGUAUGAACCUCUUGCCCAGCUUGUCCGGCGCAUUGGCAAUUCUCGCGAACCGUUUCUAGUACCUCAAAUUGGCGUACCGCAUGGGCCACCCUCAGCAAGCCAAGGGAACCACUGGGCAAAUACUCCUAUGACCGGACCCAGUGGAUCUGUUCAACCGCCUUUUGCCAGCAGCUUCCCCAGCUUCGGUACGACGUUGACCGCUGAGCAGCAAAACGCAUUGGAGAGACGCAAGCAGGAAGAGCAGUACCUCAUGGCGAGACAGAAGGAACAUCUCGCGCAACAACAGAUGGCCAUGAAGCAUAUCCAGAUGCAGAAUGGGAUGCAAUCGUUACACCAUCAUUCGAGCGCCCACUCACUGCAGAGUCAACCCAGCUUCGGUAGCAUCACUUCGCCGUCGGGCUAUCAACCAUCAAUGCCAGCUCCGAUUCAACCUCCUCAACUGGGUGGGACUUUUAGUCAACAAAAUGGACCUACUAGUGCAGGGCCAGGUUCUGCGCGUGAAGAUGAGCUACAGUCCAUGAUGGAUCGUAUGAGCUUCAGUCAACGAGCCGGUCAAGCAUUCUCGGGUGGCCCUUUGGGACCUCCUCCGCCAGACGUUGGCCCUUCGCCUCAACAAGUCAAUUCGAUGCUUCAAGAUAGAGCUCGACUACAGCAACAGCAGCAGGGUGCCGAUAUGCGCGGCCAUCAGGACGCUUUUUUAGGGCCGCAGGGCCGCAACGACCGUCUGGAAGAGUUCCGCGAGCUACGUGGGCAAGCGGAAAUCCCGGCUGGCCGUCUCGGCCCUGAAGAAGCCCGACCUCAACCUAUUGGAGCCCAGCGCCAUGUUGAGGAACAGAUGCCUCCAAAGGCUCCCGGCCUAAUUGGACAUCUAAGUGCGAUUUCUAAAGCAGACCACGAACCUCUUUCUCUUGCUCAACAGGUACAAAUUGCCGCUGCUAGUCAACAGGCGGCCGCUGAGGAGAGUGCACGCACAAAGAGGGAUGCACCAAUUGAGCCUCCGCCUGUGUCUAUUUCACCUUUGCCCGCUCCCGCGGCUCAACGUAACCGACAACACGUGGCUGAUGCACUUGCAGCAGAGUCGCGGUCGGCCUCUCAGACACCCGUCGAGACUCCAUCGGUUUCCAUCGCGCCAUGGGCUGAGCGGACAGCCGAACUUGCCAAGGGGCCCUCUCUCAAGGAGAUCCAGGAGGCGGAAGCCAAGCGUGCUGCCGAACAGGAAGAGCUAGCAGCUGCCGCACGUCGCGCUCAAGCCGAGCAAGAAAGACUACAGCAGACUCACGCUCCAGCUCCUGCGCCCGGACUUCCAUCGACGUCCAUCUGGGGCAGUUCUGCUUCGCCAGUCACACCUGGAUCUCAAAGUUCGAGCGUUUGGGCCAAGCCGGCCACUACCAAGGUUACCUCUGGUGCUGCUCCUACGAAGAAGACUCUCGCACAAAUCCAAAAGGAGGAAGAAACCCGCAAGCAAAAGGCGGCGGCGGCGGCGGUGGCGGCAGCAGCAGCAAAUGCCCCAAAUGCAUCAAGUCCGGCUUCAGCAGCAGCAGUUGGAAAGCGGUAUGCAGAGCUAGCGAGCAAGGUUGCUCCUAGUCCUCCGGCUACGACUGCAGGUGCAUGGACAACAGUGGGAUCGAGUGGCAAGGCCAAAGCUCCGCCUGCUGUAGUGGCCACACCUCAACCAGCCCCACGUGCCGUCAGUAGCUCUGGAGCCACUACUGCCAAAACACGACCUACCCUGCAGACGGCCCGUAGUACCACCCUGUCCACCCAAAGCAAGGCCAACGAGGAGUUCACGAAAUGGAUCAAGGGGUCUCUGAGCAAGGGAUUGAACAGUAACAUCAACCUCGAUAGUUUCGUGCAAGAUUUACUGCAGCUCCCUCCCGAGAUCGAAAUCAUUUCCGACUCUGUCUACGCCAGUUCUCAGACCCUCGAUGGGCGCCGAUUUGCCGAAGAAUUCGUCCGACGCCGCAAGCUCGCUGAUAAGGGCAUUGUCGAGCCAGCGGCAAAUGGAACUCAGACAGGUGGUGCAGAUAGCAAAAGUGCUGGCGGUUGGAGCGAGGUUGCAAAGAAGGGACCAGCUACCACGGCAAAAGAGGAGAGCAACGCAGCGUUCAAGGUCGUGGCGACCAAGAAGAAGGGCAAACGGUAGAUGCAGCUGUAGCGGAAGGAAGACGCACUGUAACUGUCGGUGUUGGUGUUGGUCGCAAGGAAAGGCUGUUUGAUGAGUUAUGCGAUGAGAUUUUAUGGCCUGUGCUUUGCGUAUGACUGAGAUGCGGUGUGGGACAGAUAUUUGGGUAAAUGACACUGGCUGGCAGAAGGGCUCUCGUGUCACUGGCAUUGAGGAGUGAAGAUAGCUGUGAAGUAGAUAUGUCGAGCUGAAGUCGGCCAAUGUGAGCAGUCUGAGAGUCUUCUGCAAGAAGCCCUAGCCCUGGUUCGUUGACUCACCUGCAUGCCGCCU